AUGACCACCACAACAACAAACAAUAACAGUUCAAAUUCUCCCACCAGCAAAUUCUUCAAAAACCUUCCUCACCUCGAAUUGACCAACACACCCACCAACUCUUCCAAUUCUUCAACCUCUCUACUCAACCAACACAACAAUUAUCAACAACAAAUUUUCACAUCACAUGAAAACAAGUCAAUAAUUACAACACCACGACGAUUGGACAUUCCACAAUUAAAAAAAUCAGCUACAUCUUCUUUUUAUCAUCUACAGCAAUAUCAACAUGGAAAUGGACUUGCAUGUGAGAGUUUGAUAAGAAAAUUGAAAAGUUUACGAUUUAAAACGAUUACAGUUUUGGUUUCGUUAUUUCUCUUGUUGGUUGCCUUGGUUUUGGCGACCUUGUUGGUGGCUUUUAAUAUUUCCUUUUUGAGUGUGGAGAGAUCGAUAGCUUUGGAGGAUGCAAAGAGGUCGACAAGGGCAUUGUCUGAUGAUUUGGUAACUUUGACAGGUUUUUCACAAAUGAUGAAAUAUCCUAAUGAUACAAAGUGGGGAAUUUCUGAAGAGGAGAAUUAUCCUAAUAUCAUGUUAUUGAGUGCAAUGCCAAUUCAAGACACGGAUUAUUUGAAAAGUUAUGGAGUUCUUGUUUUUGCAAGAUUUCAAACAAGAGAUUUGAUGAGUGACAUGUCUGAAAGAACUCAACUUUGUUUGACAAUGUAUAAUUUGGAUAAUAGUAAUGAUAAGGUUUCAUUUUUGAAAUCAACAAUGUCUGAAUCAGAUUAUUCGACAAUUGACAAGAUGAGAGACAGUGAGUUGACCAAUUCCAUUAAUCAACAAACAAGAGAUUGGAAACCGACUAUUAUAGACUCUACAAAUGUUAGAAACUGGACAAAUAACACUGGAGAUUUUGUAAAAUCAGCCACUUAUACUGAGCUCAGAAAUACUCAAUCAGUUCUCAAUAGACAAUGUGGAGAAUCCGAAACUGAAGAAACUAGAAUGACAGUUUAUCAACAAUUUUAUGACAUUACUCGCACAAAUACAUUUGUAAUGAAAACUGACUUUCCUAGAGAUGUCUAUACGUUGGGAAUUACCUCUUUCUUUAUUACAUGGGGUGUCAUGACUGCCAUGAUUAUUAUUCUUUCCAUUUCUGUAAUUCUCUUUUUAGAAUUUAUCAUUUUGAGAAGAGUAUUAAAAUUGACAAGGGCUGUCAGAGAAAUUACACUCAAUAAUGACAGUAAUCAAAGAGUACCUUCAGUUGGAAAUGAUGAAUUGGGAAUUCUUUCAAAAGAUGUCAAUAACAUGUUACAGACCUUGGAUGCUUCUCAACAAUUGCUCACUCAGGACAAUGAGCUCAUGCAAAGAUUAUUGGAAAAGAUGUCACUCUCUGAGCAAAAGAUAAGAGUCAUUAUGAAUAGUAUUGAUGAUUUCAUUGUGACUGCACAUGCCAAUAAUGGAAAGUUGAUUAAUUUUAAUAAUGCUUUUGAGAGUAGAUUUCUCACAAAAUCGAGAAGUCUCAUAGGGGACUAUUUGAAAUAUGGAGACGAAAGUGGAAAAGAAAGUGAAACGAAUGGUGAUGUGUUGAAAAAGUUGGAGGAAUUAUCUGAAACUAAAACAAGAUGGGAAUCUAUUCUCGUUUCACCACUUGGAUUUGAUACACCUGUCACUAUUUCUGUAACAAAAGUUAACAUGUCAAUUGAGGAAGAAGGAUUAACAUGUCAAGUAUUUGUCAUUGUUGCUCGAAAUAUGAUUCACCAACAGGAAUUGAAGAAGGCAGUCAAGCAAAUGGAAACUUUCAAGCAAAAUUUGGAAUUUGAAAGAGUCUUGUUCAAUCCAAACUUGAGAGAAGAAUUUAGAAGUUUUUGUAAGAAGGAAUGUUCUGAGGAGAAUUUGAAUUUCUUAGAGGAUGUCAUGUUCUAUAAGAGUUUGAAGAAACCAUCCGACAGAGCAAAGAAACAAGAAGAAAUAAUUGAGACCUAUUUGUUAAUUCACUCUCCGACUCCGCUCAAUAUUUCACAACAAACGAGAGACAUUCAUGUGACUAAAAUUAUGGCUGGUUACGGGCAAAUAGAUUUGUUGGAUGGUUUGGAGAGUGUUGUCAAGAGUUUAGUUUGUGGCGACACCUUUAUGAGAUAUUCCAUACAAUUAGAGAAGGACGAACGAGAACAAUUACAAGUUGAAGAGAAUAAAUAUUACAUGUAA